AUGGCCAUCGACACUCGGACGGAUCAGAUCAGAGAAUGGAGGUCAAUUGUGACGUUGAUUGCCUUCUUCCUCGCGAAUAUCGUCGUACUAUUUCCCUUCCACAUCCCAGUCUUCAUUCCUGUGCGACUGUGGGAUGCGGUGUUGAAGGUGCUUCGCAAGCUGCGGGUGAUUCCGCGCGAAGAAGACACUCGCGAUGACUUCAAGGAAGGUCGCCUCGGGGAUAUGUCACCUCGACGCAAGCGCUUCAAGCGCUUUGACUUCCCAAUGAACUCAAUCACUGCGCCAUUGAUUGCCGACCUAUUUCUCCUUGCCAUCUUGGCAAUUGGCAGAGAGGAAGUGUACGACGGGACCAUUGGUCAAAACGGCAUUCAUCCUCUCGAUAUCAUGGUCUUCUUUCUGACGCUGGCGUACAUUGCUAUUUCGAUUGACGCCUCGGGACUUAUUCGUUAUUUGGCACUCAAGGUACUUCAAUGGGGAGGCAAGGUCGGCUACCGUUUGUUCUUCUACCUCUACGCCUUUUUCUUCUGCCUGGGCACCUUCAUCGGCAACGAUCCCAUCAUCCUGUCCGGCACGGCCUUCCUCGCCUACAUGACGCGAAUCUCGAACAACAUCAAAUACCCGAGAGCGUGGAUCUUCACCCAGUUCUCCAUAGCCAACAUCGCCUCAGCCAUUCUCGUCUCGUCUAACCCGACCAACCUCGUGCUUGCAGGUGCCUUCGACAUCAAGUUCGUCGAGUACACGGCCAACAUGGUUGUGCCAGUCGUCGUCACGGCCAUCGUCUUGUUUCCGUUCCUUCUCUACAUCAUCUUUGCAGAUAAGAAGCUCAUCCCUGAGUCCAUUGAGAUGUUUCAACCGCCAGAGGAGGCCAUGCAAUCGAAGCCCGUCAACCCCAACAUCCCGAACCCAAGAGGAGCCGCAAGCAAUGCCGAUCAAGCGCCCGAGAGCAGUCCGCAAGCUCAGUUGCUCUCGGCGAUUGAGAUUUUGAACCCCUGGCUGGACAAGGGAGGAGCCGCCUUUGGCGCUGUUGUCAUGUCGGUGACCCUAAUUACGGUCCUGGCCCUCAAUGCCGCAAACGUAAAACCAAAAGACGACCAACACCUGCAAGUCUUUUGGGUUACCUUACCGGCCGCUUUUAUCAUGCUGUGCUGGGACCUGGCGUUCGGCUGGUCCCACAGAGAGGAGACUCGCAGGAUAGCGCAACAGGGCCGAGAGGGACAGGAUGAGGAGCUUGCCAGAGCAGAGGAGGGCAUUAGGGAGAAGGGCAAUGCGGGCAUAUUAGGCCAAGAAGACACAAGCUUGGCCCAAGAGACGACAGAGAUGUCGCCACUGUCACAUGCAACCAAGCCAGAGAUUCACAUACAAGAUACCGACCUUCUGGAAGACAAGAAACACCUUGGGGUUGCAAAUGAGGAGGUUUCGCCAGUUAGCAACGAUUCGAGCACGAAUGCGUCGGAGCGGAACGCUACUGAUGCCGAGUUCAUGAUCACUCCAGCAAUCCCAGCACCAGGAAACAGCGACAGUGUGACCAGCAAUGCAGGCCCGCAGCUCAUAUCUUCACAGUCUACAGCUGUGGAAAGAACGGAGAAGGCCGAUGUCAGCAUAACACCGAGCGAGGGUUCCACGGAAAGUAGAAGACGAACUGACGUUGAAAAGGGAGUCGCUGGGAGACAAGCCCGCCGAAGCUCAAGUUUCCGCUCCAAAAAGCAACCGGCGACACUUGUAUCGCGCUUCAGGGACGGGUAUCGUUGGUCACAAGAGACAUUCCCCACAGUGAUGGCGGUGCUAUCUCACUUACCCUUCGCUCUUGUUCCUUUCGCCUUUGCCAUGUUCGUCCUCGUACAAGCUCUUGUCACCAAGGGCUGGGUGCCGGUGUUUGCGUACGGGUGGGAUCACUGGGUUGAAAAGACGGGAACGAUUGGUGCCAUAGGUGGUAUGGGGUUCCUCUCAGUCAUCCUCUGCAACUUUGCGGGUACAAACAUCGGCACCACGAUCCUACUCUCCCGCGUGAUCCAGGCGUGGCAGCAGAUCCACCGAGAAAACGGUGUACCCAUCAGUGAGCGCACCUUCUGGGCGACAGUCUACAGUAUGGCUCUCGGUGUCAACUAUGGAGCUUUUAGCACGGCUUUCAGCGCAUCGUUGGCCGGCCUGCUGUGGAGGGACAUUUUGGAGAGGAAGCACAUCUUCGUCAGCAGGAGAGACUUUGCAAGGGAGAACAUACCCAUCAUCGCCAUUGCCAUGACGGUCGGCUGCACGGUUCUGGUUGGGGAGAUCUAUAUCACUCGAUCGGACGAUGGGUAUCCGCUGUGA